GGCCACACAAUGCCUAAGAGUACAAGGAAGAAAAAGGACAAGGCCGCUGACUUCACAAAAGCGAAGCUCAAGCUCGGCAAGGGCAAGCGGGCACCCUCCAAUGCCGUAGACACUUCCUUCAAAGCUCGCUCUAUUGCGCUUCCCUCUCAGAGCAUCGCGCAUGACAGGGCCUCGGAUGUGCCUACCACCAAGCGGAAGCUCACAUUUGAUGAUCUGAUUGCGUAUUUGAAGCAUUACAAUGCUAGCACUCGAAGAGAUGCAAUUCUCGGCCUGCGGGAACUUCUGGAUUCGCAUCCAGAACUGAUCUUACCGAACCUAACAGUCCUCAUUAACAGUUGCGUGAGAGUCAUAGGCGAUGAGGAUGCAAACAUACGCAAGACCCUGCUCUCGUUCUUCGGUUGGCUCCUCCCCCAAAUUCCCCAUGAAGACCUCGUACCACACACACCCAUCCUUCUUCUCUUUACCACUUCCGCCCAGACUCAUAUUUUCCCCGAAAUUCGCAUUGACGCCAUCCGUUUCCUCGACCUCUUCCUUGAAGUCCUACCUGAGCUUGUCACAGAGGGAUGGCUCCAGCCGAGUAGUCAUGGAAGGAGGGUCUUGGAGGGGUACCUUGGGAUACUGAAUGCUGGAACGACGUUCGGUGAGGGCGGAGACACUGGGCAUAUGCAGGCGACCUCCACAGCAAGCGUAGUUUUGUCCAUGGGGUCUAAACUCAUCGCGCUAAAAUCCUUGUCCUCUUUCCUACAACAUGCGCUCGCUACUUCCUCCAAUGUCACCUCGUUCUCCUCCGACACCCACUCACACACAGCAGCUACUCCUACCUGGUUCCUGGCCCCGUACUUCGCCUCUUUCGAAGCCUUUGACGCCUUCGAUGCUCUCCUCCGGCCAUCAUUUUAUGCCUCAUUCUCAGUGUCGGGUCCGCAUCAACAAGUCUCCGAGACAUGGUCCCCAGAAACUGAUAUGGAAAGCAACUUUGAGAAAUUCCAGGGAACCUAUGAACUGGCAAAGGCCUCGGUUGGGGACUCAUUCGCCCUCCAAGACCUCAUGAAUCUCGACGUCCAAGAUUCCACUCGCUCGCUAGAGGGCUCUAGCGUCAAGGUGUCUUUUGCAGCUCACCUUGCGCGCACGCUUUAUCCGACGCUCACAGCGACCUUCCUGGACUGCGCGCCCGCCGUGUUCUCUCCGAGCGUCGGCCCGCCCGAGACGGAGCUCCAGAUGGUACUCGUCAUCGCGGAGAUCUGCCUAAGCCUGUAUGGCGCGGUCUUGCGCGAGCCUGCGGAGAGUGCGAAAGGGCAGAACGCGGUCGAGGACCUGAAGCUCAUACUCGGGUACUUCGCACCAUAUUUCCCGUUCAUAGUGAGUGGAUCCACGACGGCAAGGCGCGACAUCAAGAUCGAGCAGGUGUAUCAGGACCUCAAUCUCAUCUAUUGCGAACUCACCUCUUUCCUUGUGCUCGCCUCCCCCGAGUCUUCUAACCUGCCCGCCAAGCAACCUAAUCCCCGCCGAAGCAAGCCUUCUAAGCACUUCAUCUCCGCACCCGCGUCGUCCGCCCUGCCUGCCGUGCAGACAUCUCAUGUGCGAACUUACGUCGUCCAGCUUCUUCGGGGUGAGGCCGCCCCCGCCCCGGGGUCGCUCGCCCGCCCGAUCACGCCCGCAGCCUACAGUGCGCUCCUGCCAACGAUUUGGUCUCUAUUAAACAGCCCGCGCAAGUCGGCUAACGAUAACGAUCCCGAUGCAUUGGCAGUUUUGGGGGUGAUGGUUGAGCACGCACUCAGGGCGUCGUCCACGUCCGCCGUCAAACGGCAUACAGUCGACUUCCUCGCACGGCUCGUGUUGCUCGAACGCGAGCCUGAAUAUCGGGGAGCUUUCAAAGCCGGCCUUCACGCGGAUCAGGACCGGAGGUUGGAGGAGUGGAUCCAGCAGCUUCCGCGUACGCUCUGGGAACUCGGCGCGGGCUCGCUGCCCACGACGGAGACGAUUCUACGCUUCCUCCUAAGGCUGUGCGAACGCAACUCACCGCUACUUCGAGACGAGGUCGUCUCGUCUCUCCGCAUGCGUCUGGUGCCGUAUUUUGUCGUCACGCACGAGACGCGGGGUAGGCUGUCCGGACCUUUCGCUAAGCUGCCGACCGCGUCACCGUUGCGCAUGCUUGCGCUUGAUGUGGCUGCUACGCUCACAGGCACAGGGCCUGGUGGGCAAGGGGUUGGGCAUGGCGACGGUGACGGUGACGGCGACGACCUCGAGGCGGCUGUGCGGGAAGCCGUACGAAGCACGGAAGUUGAGGCGUACUGGAAGUCAGUUAAGCGACGGACAUGAGGCAUUGGCGCAGUAAAGAUGUUGUAUGAAACAUUGUUGUUCCACCAGGCAUCUUGCAACCAUCUUUAUGAUGCUAGGAUUGAAUAAUACGUGUAUUGUUGUCAUUGGUUUUACUCACGCACGUUCUAGGAUGAAGGCAGC